AUGAAAAGUCUCAUUUUGUCCCUUGCUCUCUUGGCUUUGGCUUACUCGUUUGCCUCUGCUUCUGACCCCAGUCCUCCUCAAGACUUCUGUGUAGCCGUCGAUGAUCCCCUCCAUGGUGUGUUUGUGAAUGGGAAGUUCUGCAAGGACCCCAAGCUUGCCAAAGCUGAUGAUUUCUCCUUUUCAGUUAAAAAUCCUGGAAACACAAACAACCCAAUUGGUUCAAAUGUCACUGCUGUAAAUGUGCAGCAAAUUCCUGGACUCAACACUCUUGGCAUUUCAGCUGCCCGUAUUGAUUUCGCACCUUAUGGUGAAAACCCACCUCACAUUCAUCCUCGUGCCACUGAGAUUCUUGUUGUUCUUGAGGGUACUCUUUUUGUUGGUUUCGUUACUUCCAAUCCGAACAAUACACUUAUCAGCAAAGUUCUUUACGAGGGUGAUGUGUUUGUGUUUCCCAUUGGCCUCAUUCACUUCCAAGUCAAUAUCGGAAAAACAAAUGCCGUUGUAAUUGCUGGUUUAAGUAGCCAGAACCCUGGUGUCAUUACUAUUGCUAAUGCAGUAUUUGGAUCAGAUCCUGCCAUUAAUCCCGAUUUCCUCGCUGAAGCCUUCCAGUUGGACGUGAACAUUGUGAAAGAUCUACAGAAAAAGUUCUGAAUGGAUAACAAUUAGAAAAACA